UAUGCUCUUUCUAUAGGCAGACCAUCAUGCCAGGCUGCUCUGAGACUCUGCAGUUUAGUUUGCCCAACCACGGGGACUCCAUCCUCAGCAAAAUGAAUGAUCUUAGGGAAGAACAUCGCUUUUGUGACAUCACGCUCAUCUUGGGCAGGCCACAGGACUCUACUGUCCAUCCUCUCCAGUUCCAAGGUCACAGAGUGGUGCUUGCAGCAUCCUCAGACUUCCUGCGUGAUCAGUUCCUGCUUCACAAAGGCCGAUCAGAGCUGAGUCUGGCUGUUGUUUCCAACGUGAAGGUUGCCAAGACACUACUCCUGUCCUGCUACACAGGGUUCCUAGAGGUCCCUCAGAGAGAACUGGUGAGCUACUUGACUGCAGCCAGUGUACUCCAGAUGAGCCAGGUGGUGGAGAAGUGUGUCCAGGCUAUUUCACAGUACCUCAGUCCCACCAGGCCUUUCUCGAAUCUGACUAGACUCUCAGAAGACAAGGAAACCCAGCAGCUCAGCAGCAGGUGGCUUGGUUCCAGCUUUGAUAAUCAGAAGGAAAGGGAUGCAGCCCUGCCCGACGCUAUCAUCCACAAAACAAAUAGCAAGGAAGUUGGAACAGUGGUGGCAAACCCCAGGUUGACAGCCGGCCAAGAAGUCGAGGUGGAUACUAUAGGACUGAGAGAACUCAGAGAAGCUAAAAUCGACUUAUCUCAAGAUGCAGAAUGCUGUCUUGACAUGAUGAAGUCGGGCAAAGGAGGAGAUGCUCUGCCAUGUUACACAAGCAACCCAUUAUCUCAUGUUCCUCACACUGCAGGUAAUCCGCACCCUUCUGCAGUUUUACAUGACCUAAUUUCUUCCACAGCCACCAUGAUCAGUUCUGCAGCUGACACAGAACUGGUAAAUAGUUCCAAAAACCAACACGAACAAGAUGUUAAAGAUUCACCAGAAGAGGAAAAGAAGUACAUGCCACAGGCAAAUCAACUGCAACAAAGUGGAAAGCUAAGGACCUCUAGUCGUUUUUGCCACCCUAAAACACCUCUGUCCAAGAUUCAUUUUGCUGCAGAUAACUCAGAUACAGUAGUGUUCCAAAAGCCAUACCUAUGCAGAAAGUGUGACAAAGUCUUUCAGCACUUUGAGAGCUACGUGGGCCACCUGAAGGAACACAGACAGUAUUUCUGUUUGAUCUGUGGAAAAGUCUUUUCUCAGAAGAAUAAUCUGACUCACAUAGGUAUCCACACUGGUUUUAAGCCUUUCAGAUGCCCUCUGUGCCACAUGACAUUUACCCAGAAGGCCAUGCUGCAACACCACUUCAAUCUCCAUACAUGGGAGAAAGCCCCUUGA